AUGCAACCUGACUGGGUGCUGCGGGACUCUCCAUACUCAGAAGGUGUGGCUGAGCACAAAAGGGGCAAGGCUUGUUGGGACUGUUUACGUUUCCAUAGAGACAACAACAGUGAGCUGCAGUUUGCAUCUAUCCCUCCCUCUCAGGGUCUUAGCUGUGCAGGCGACCUGUCGUCACGUGACCUCACACAGCUGUGUUUCAUCUCACACAUUGAGCUCACAACCUUCCUGAUGACUCUGGGGAUCCACACCAAACGCUCACGUCCUCCACGCUGCAGGAACCGGGACAGUGGUGUGUUUGGCGUUCCUCUGAACACGCUGUUGGAGAAAGACAGGAAGAAGUUUCCUGGGGUCAAAGUUCCUGUCGUGUUCCAGAAGUUGUUGUGUAUCUUAGAGCAAACAGGCCUGUUGACUGAGGGGAUUCUCAGAGUACCAGCAUCAGCUGCUAGAGUCAAGUGCCUUCGUAGAGAAUUAGACAGGUGCUAUGAGGGAUUUGACUGGUCUGCGCUGAGACAGGUGGACGCUUCCAGUCUGUUGAAGCUUUUCAUCAGAGAGCUGCCAACCCCUCUGCUGACACACACACACCUGUCCACCUACCGCUCUGUACUGAGUAUCCCCUCUGAGCUCCAUCAGGUUCAGGCCCUGCAGCUGCUGACGUUGCUUCUUCCAGAAGCCAACAGAGAAAUUCUGAGAGCUCUGCUGGUCUUCCUCCGUAUGGUGGUCUCUCAUCAGGAUCAGAACCGUAUGUCUCUGUGGAAUGUGUCCAUGGUGAUGGCACCCAACCUGUUCCGUCGUCACCAUGGAAACAAGCGCUCAAUUGCUAAACGAGAUGAGAUGGAGGAGGCAGUGGGUGGAGCUCAGCUGAUCCGGUUGAUGAUCAUUCACCAGGACUUGAUUUGGACCGUCCCCAAGUUUCUACUGUCUCAGGUGAGACAGAUGAACCAGGUGUCCAUUCAGAAACAGCUUGGCCUGAGCUGGACCAGUAGACUUUUGAGGAAGAAGAAUGACAAGAAUGAAAGAGAUCAGAUCACAGAGCUGUGUGAAGGUGUGAUCAGAGUUCAUGCUCCUCUACACACCAAGAUUUCCAUGGUGAUACAACUUGAGGAACAGACAACAGCCAAGGACAUAACGUCCCGCUUCGAGUGUGAGAACAGUCCAGUUCAACAUCUGUAUGAAGUUGGAGGAAACAUCUGUGAGCGUCGUCUUCAUCCUGACUGUGUUCUGUUGGAUGUUUACAGAGUUAAUCCCCACUGUGAUUGGCUAAUUAAACCCUGACAACCUGUCUCAGAACCUGUUUCAAGUGUCUCACCACCUCUCUCAUUAAUGCCUCCCCACCGGUCGACACAUGCACUACCACCUGUCUCACUGCCCUCACUCCACGUCUCAGCUCGUGUUUUUUGCUGUCACAAAAACACUGGCACCAGCCUCAUCACAUUUGUGACAAUCUCUCCCACAAGUGGAUCCAAACUUCCCUUUAUCAUGAACCACUUCCUUUGUGCAUACAGCAGCUGUUGGCAUGACAUCACAGUAACAUUGUCCUUUAUCGAACAAUUGUUCAGUCUGUUUUUUUUUUCUUUCUGAAUUUGGUUUGUCCUGGCAGAUUAGUUACAUCUUCUCCUGCUCCGGUCUUUAUUUACUGCUGUUGUUUCUGUACAUCAGAACAAAUGUGUUUAUUAAUGAUGCUCAUAUUAAAACUUGAAUAUGUAC